AGCACCUAAGCAGGUACAGAAUGAAGAGAAGGGUGACAUGAGGGAAAUAUCAUUGCCGGUGGAAGAUAAAGAGAAUGAUAAUAAAACUUUUGCGACCCUUGAAGAAUUAAAAAGUGGAAGAUUGCCCCCAGAAGAGAUUCUGUCGCUUCCUAUGUUUAAGAAUUAUUGUGCUGGUAAUCCUUCUCCUAUCUUGUACUUGAAGAACUUAGCAAAAGAAGUGAUUGUUGAUGAUUUUUACUUCAUAUUUGGAUCUUUAUUUGGAAGCAUCGAUGAAGCUAAAUCCAGACUGGCAGUGAAGCUAAUGCAGGAAGGGAGAAUGCGUGGACAAGCUUUUGUUACAUUUCCCUCUGUUGAACUUGCUCAAGAUGCUUUAAAUCUGGUGAAUGGGUAUGUUUUUAAAGGCAAACCUAUCGUCAUUCAGUUCGGUCGUGAUCCUGCUAAAGCAAAAACAAGCUAGAGAGAAUAGUUGCAACAAGGGUAAUUUAAGCCCUCAGCUCAACAUUCUAAGUCAGUACGGUGAGAUAAUCUUUUGGACAGUGACUUCGGUAAAGCUGUGCUGAUAGAGUUUCUUGUAUCUUUUACUUUUGGCUGUAAUUGCUGCAAACGUCAUUUUGGUUACUAGAUAGCUUGUGCCCAGGUAACAUUAAAGGAGGCGGUCAAGCUAAUGAAGAUGCUGCUGAGGGAAGCAAGGAAAGUAGGGAUUCCUUCCAGGACCGGAGAAGGUCAAAAUAUGGGCAGGCUGUCAGGUUUUACCUACACAGUGGUUUCACAAGAUUUGUAUCUGGAGCCAAAAACACACAGAAGUUAUUGUGAUCAGUACAUUGAAGCACAAUUGAUAUGCUGGAGCUCAAUGAUUGGUUGUUAAUUCUUUGUUGUUUAUAGUUUAUGAGAACAGUGUUGUUUCAGUGGUGAGUCGGUGAAACAGGUGCGAGGACUUAUUUAACUAGUGAUGGCUUUGGAUAGAAUUCUUGUAUUGAUGACAAUAGGUAUUUGAUGCAAAUGAUAUUGAAUGCAAAUUUCGACUCUCAGAAUCUGCAGUAGCAUGUUAACUACGAGCUCAUUUCACUAUGCAGAA